UUGCGGCGACUGACCGCGCAUUUUCGUUCGUUUGCGACAGCUUUUUUGCACAAGAAAUCAUGGCAUACCGCGGGUAUGGCGGUGCAGGAAGACGUGUGGAAGCGGGAGCAGCAGGCGGAGCACGAAAAACGACGGCUGGAGGAGAUGAAGAAGGAAAUUGAAGACGAGCGCAAGCAGGCGGAAAUGAAAGCGGAGGCGGUUGCGUCGGGUCACGUGAUGAAACCAACGCAAGAACGCUUGGAAUUCAUGUAUAAAGGACGCGUUGGGGAAGCUGCUCCGGCUCCAGUAUCUGUAGACGAGCGCGUGAUUGGUAAGAAGCGGUUCGAGCUCGCGGUGGAGGAAGGGGCCAACUUGGCGGCGCAGGCAGAGGAGAGGCAGGAAGAGGCGCACUCGAAGAACGAAGCCUGGAACAGACUGAAUGCCGAUCCGUUGUUAGUGAUGAAGCAGCGCGAGUUGCAGUCAAAGCAGUACAUCACGAAUAAUCCGGUGAAAAUGGCACAAUUGAAGGAUGAAAGCCGGGCUGAGAAGGAGCGGAGGCGAGCAAAAAAGGAGGCAAGACGAGACAAAAAGCGUUCGAGCAAACGCGAUAAACGCAGUAGAAAAUGCGACUCAAGCUCGGAGUCGAGAUCUCGCAGUAGAAGUCCGAAGAGAGAGCGUCGUAGACAUCGUUCGCGCUCGCCACGUCACCGUAGUAGGCGCUCGCGAUCCCGUUCUCGGUCUCGCAGCAGAAGCCCGAGGCGGUCAGACAGGCGAAGUAGAGACGAUCGCGACCGACGUGAUCGACGCGAUUUACGAGACAGCCGUGGCUAUGACGACAAGUACGAUCGUAAGAGGCACCGUGAUGGAAUUGCUCGCGACGAUGCGCACGCACAAGAUGCGUCAAAAGGAUUCGGGUUGACGUAUGCCCAUGAAACAGCCGAGGAUGCGGCGGCUAUUCGGCGAGGCAAACGAUCAAAAUGGCGCGAAGAAGAGGCAAAACGCGCGGCAGAGCGCGCACCAGAGCCGGAAUGGCGAGGUGGAAACAACGCUGGUCAUAGAACGGGAAGAUUGACCGCUGAAGAAAAAGCCGCGCGACUAGCCGCAAUGUCGGCGGAUGCUUCAGCGCACGACGAGGCGAGGAUUUCAAAACUGCGCAAGAACGUCGGAGAAUUAGGUGAAGAGAUGAGUUUCGUGGAGGAAGCGGCGCGAGGACCCGAUAGACACCAUUCAGAUGCGCCUGCGUUCAUCGCGAAAGCGCGUUCAUCCGUGUAUGGCGAGCCGUCGUCAAGACGUUAG